AUGUCUGCCAUUCAAAGGACACUCUUCGCGCGCCAAGCCUUCUCGCUUCUCUCGCGUCCCGCGACCGCGCGCCUAGCUCCUGCUACUCUGACCAGGGCAGUAACGACAGCCCGUACCUUCACAGCCUCGGCCUCUUGGCGCUCUGAGGACUCGACACAGCCUAGGUACCUAUUUAGACGAAUCGACCCGCCAGCUCAACACAACCUGCCUCACCAAAGCCCACAGGAUGCUCAACAACAACAACAACCAAUCUCGGCCUCGCAUGCCAAGACAACACCCGAAGCUAUUCUGAAGAAGGCUUUGACCUUUGUGCCCGAACAUGGAUGGACAACUGUCUCAAUCGCCAAGGCUGCAGAGUCAAUGGGAUACCCUACCAUCAUCCAUGGCAUGUUCCCCAAAGGCGGAGCUGAUCUGAUCGACUACUUUCUGCAAGACUGUCUCGAACGCCUUCCUCUGGAAUUGGAGGGCAGAAUGGAAGGGUUGGGCACACAGGAAAUAAUCAAGCUGGGAACACUGACAAGACUUGGAAUGAUCGCACCCUAUGUCGACCGCUGGCAAGAGGCAUUGGCCAUCAUGGGCCAGCCCUCAAAUGUCACCAUGUCUCUGAACCAUCUCGCCAGGAUUGUCGACGAGAUCUGGCACCUCGCAGGCGAUAAGAGCGCAGACAUGAACUGGUACACAAAGCGCGCCUCCCUCGCAGGAGUCUAUACCACCACAGAGCUCUUCAUGACAACGGACAAGACUCCCAGCUAUCAGGCCACACAAAAGUUCUUGGACCGUCGCUUUGAGGAUGCUGCCACCGUGGGCAAGGCCACCAACGAGGUCUUGCAGAUCGCCGAGUUUGGCGCCAAGUCUGUCCUUGGACUCAUCACAUCAAAAGGAUUCCGCAUGUAA